GCAAUCAAAAAAGCACUUCCCUGUUACAAACACAAACACAUCUGACACAACACUCUCGUCCCCAAAUCUCACCACCGAUCAAAUCCAACACCACCAAAUCUCCCUACAAACCCCAAAAUGGACGUCGACGGCGGCGGCAGCACAUCUAGUAGAUUCGGCACCGCAAUCCACAUAACGGCGCUAGACGGAAUAGUCAACGUGAACUCCCUAUUCACCUUAGCAGUCUUCAUCGGACUCGCCUGGUCCCCCACCGACCCAAACAACAGCCUGGUAACCGACCCAACCUGCGUAGCCGGCCCAUCAAUCGCAGAAAACCUCGUAUGCUUCCACGUGUACAGCUUCAGCUCCUUCUUGUUCUCCAGUCUUGUCGCAUUGAGCCUGAAACAAGCCAUCAGGAUCUCCAAAACGACGUCAUGUGAGCCUCGACGUGUUUUGAUGUUUACUUUUGACAUGUGUCAUAUUAAUAAGAAUGUGUUAAGGACUGGGUACUUGGUUUCGGCUGUGGGUUCGGUUUGUGGGUGUGGGUUCUUGAUGAUGGCUCUUGUUAAUGUGGCUCAGAUUAAGCUUGGGGUGUUAGGGUGUGAGAGUGGGAGUGCUCAUGUUUAUGGUGCUGUUGUUCCUCUUUUGACUUUUGUUCCUCUUGGGCUUUUGACUUAUGUUUUCUUUGUUUUGUUUGCUUUCACUCGUUGACUGUUGAUCGAUACAUGUGGUUUGAUAUGCUAGUAAUUGUGAUUGUAAGUUAUGUGUGAGUUUGAAUCCUUAAUAUAUUAUUGUUAUUAGUAUUUGAUUUUAUCAUUUG